AUGGCAGAAACUAGAGCAUUCGACCCCGAAUUCCCGGCUGCCCCUAUCAAACAACGCAAGAAUGACCCGAAACGUCCACGAGGAUCACGACAAAUCACCAACCCACUACAAAGGGGCAUCGCGGAAUUCAUAAAAACGAGUAUCUCUUCAUCUUUACUUGAUCAACAUGAUUUAUCACUCGAGGCGUUGGUUUCUUCUCUUCCGAAGAGAUACACUAUAUAUGAGCCGAUGCUCCUGUUGCCACUGAAUGCCUUCACCCACCCUCCAGCCUGGGGCUCUCUAUAUGAGCGCCUAGGCAGAGACCAGCGCCAAACUCUAUACUCAUCGAUUACAAACUCCUUCGCCAGAUUUGGGGUAACACACAUCGCUAUGAAUGCCCCAAUCGUGCUUACAGACACCGAGGGGCACGAGAACAGAAUGCGAAGCCCAGUCGGACUAGUUCCAUUGUAUGGGGAUUUUGGACCCGUUGUAUCAGGCGUUGAUGAGGAUGCGCAGCCAUCUGAAGAUGACUACGAACGGGCAUUCUGGGUACGCACCGUCCAGAACCACGGAAUCGUGCAGAUCUGGGCUCCUUUAUAUACCAUGUUUUCGAGGGGGAAUAUUACCGAGAAGGCUCGGAUUUUGGGGUACGCUUCUACAUUCGAGGGGGUGGACGAGGCGUCACUUGGUGGGGAACUCGUUGGUGACGUCGCUGUGGUUGAUAUGUACGCUGGAAUCGGGUACUUUGUGUUUUCGUACUUGAAGCGGGGCGUGAAGAGGGUUUUGGGUUGGGAGAUAAACGGGUGGUCUGUGGAGGGAUUACGGAGGGGAUGUGUCGAGAAUGGGUGGGGAUGCAGGGUCGUCAAGGUACGAAAUGAUGGGCAAUUGAGCUUGUCUGUCUCAGAAUUGGUUGAGAGUCUGUGUGAUGCAGACCGUGUUGUCAUCUUCCAUGGCGAUAACGGCUUCGCUGCAGGCAUUAUGAAUGAGAUUAGGGUUUUUAUGGAGAACAACCGACGUUGCUGGACAAGCAUCAGGCAUGUUAACCUGGGCCUUUUGCCCUCAUCCAAUGCCUCGUGGGAUAAUGCCUGCAAGAUCGUUGACAAGGACAAGGGUGGAUGGAUCCACGUGCACGAGAAUGUGGACGUGCAACUGAUACAGGAAAAAGGAGCCGAGAUAACAACGGCAAUGGAAAGGUUCUGGGCAGGCUUCGCAUCUGAGAAGGUUGAUUUGAAUCACCACGUUGAAUGUCGGCAUGUUGAACAAGUCAAGACCUACGCUCCUGGUGUUAUGCACUGUGUAUAUGAUAUUAAGCUGUCGUCGCAUCACGGAGCCUCCGACAGUAAUUCAUCAUGA